UAUCAUGCAAUUACCUCCGAAGUAGCCCGACACUCCGCCCCAUGACAAAACCAAAACAAACAAAACCAUCGCAAUAACUCACCACCCCAAAAAAAAACCCACCAUGGACGCCGCCGCCCUCCUCAAAGCGCAAGGGUGGCGGGGCAAGGGCUUCUCGCUGCACCCGACCGACGACGCGAUCGGGCUCGCGAAACCGCUCCUCAUCUCGCGCAACACGGACGGGCGCGGCAUCGGGCAGAAGAAGCACUACACGAGCGACCAGUGGUGGCUGCACGCGUUCGACCAGAAGCUCAAGGGCCUGGACACGUCCCAGAAGGGCAGCGUCGUGCAGUCGGUCACGCAGGGCAAGCUCGACGCCGUCGCCCGCGGCCAGCCCAACGGCAAGUACACGGGCGCCAGCGGGCUGUAUGCCUCCUUCGUGCGCGGCGGCCUGCUGGAUGGGACGAGGGAGAAGGCGGUGGAGGAGGUGGUGGUGGUGGUGGCCGGCGAGUCGACUGAUGCGACGCCUGCUACCUCGUCGUCGGAUGACAGCGAAGCGGUGGGGCGCGGCUCGAGGAGAGGGGGGAAGCGGGACGAGUCCAAGUUGGAGAGGCGGGCGCGGCGUGCGGCGAGGAGGUUACGCAAGGCGGAUAAGGCGGCAAGAAAGGCUGCGGCCGCGAAGGCUGCGCGGAAGGCUAUCGAGAAGGCGGCAAAGAAGGAGCUGAAGAGGGCGAGGAAGGCGGGCGAGACAAAAGAGGAGAGGCGCGCUAGGAGGGCCGAGAGGAGAGCACGGAAGGAGGCUAAGAGGAGGAGGCGGGAGGAGGCUACACAAAAGUCUGAUCAGGGAUGAACGGCGGGCUCGAGCUGAGACUUUCGAGUAUAUUCUGCCCUCUAGGGCGAACCCUUGGGUGGCUUUAGUACCUAGAGGCUACCUUCCGGACUCAAGCUGCCGACGCCGCUGAGGUGGCCGUGCCGAGUCCAGCACAUGCCGCGCGUCUCGCGAGGGUGCUAGCGACUUGCGGCUGGCAGCGAGUCCGAUGUGACGGCAACGAGCGAAGCGCUGGCUGCCGUCUAAUUAAUGAUUGGGCGCCCAAGCUAGUUUCAAGGCUCUU